AUGGCAAGAAGCAAGGUAUUUUCUACAAUGUACGGUCGAUCAAAAGGCAACGAAAUUGAACUAGAGAAAAAAGAAACAAACCAAAACCAGAAAAAAAAGCAAAGUCUAGAAGCAAAGAGAAGAAAUAGCAAGACAAAAACAUCAAAAGGAUAUUGGUCAGCGAUAAAAGUGAAGCGAAUUGAAGCUCCGAUGAACAGAGAGAAGACUUUACCUCGCCACUGA